AACACACAGCUUUUUCAACGCAGCCGGCGCCGGUGCAGCGGUAAGCAUUAUGGGAGACGGCGUUUCCAUCCUAGAAAGCUGUCGUCAGUGGCUAGUGGAGUUGAGCGUGUACUUGUGGUGUAUCGUGGUCAGGCUGGUGUUUUCACUGUGGUUCUUGUGGAAAAAGCCUCUGCCACUGCCACCUGCCAGUGACAAGCUUCUGCUGCGUUCCGCUACAUCGCUUGCAGCCGACAUCAGAGAUGGCAAGGUCAAAAGUGUCGAUCUCAUCUCAGCCUACAUCAGGCGCAUCCGGGAGGUGCAGCCAAUCAUCAACGCUGUCGUUGAGGAGAGAUUUGAGGAAGCACUCGAAGACGCUAAGGAGGUCGACAGACUGGUGGCAUCGGGGACCUUGAGCGCUAGCCAAAUGAGCAAGGAAAAGCCAUUGCUGGGGAUUCCGUUCACUUCCAAGAACAGCAUUGCCAUCAAAGGUUUACGACAGGACGCAGGCUCGCCAUUCUGGCACGGGCGGCGCGCUGAGGAGGACGCCCCGAGCGUGGCGUUGCUCCGAGCAGCUGGCGCCAUCCCGCUGGCACUGACCAACGUCUGCGAGAUGUGCAUGUGGGACAAUGCACUGAACCUGGUGGACGGCCGCACGGGGAACCCGCACGACACACGCCGAAGCCCCGGUGGAAGCAGCGGUGGAGAGGGAAGUCUCCUGGCAGCGGCUGGCUCCCUGAUUGGCCUAGGUACAGACAUCGGCGGAAGCGUGCGAUCACCAGCCGCCUACUGCGGGAUCUUCGGCCACAAGCCAACAGCUGGAGUGGUGCCCAACACCGGCUUGCUACCAGAUGUCGGAGAAAACCUGGGGGAGUUCAACUGUGUGGGUCCCAUGACCAGGUUCGCAGAGGACUUGCCGCUGAUGCUCAACGUUCUGGCGGGAAGUGCGACCAACGGGCUUAGACUAAAUGAAAAGGUAAACAUGAAGACUCUGAAGCUGUAUUACAUGGACACGGAAGGAAGCCGUUACAUCAGCCGUGUGACCACCGAGGCUCGCCUACCAGUUAGACGGGUCACCCAGCACCUCAACGCGGUGCACGGACUCGAAGCGCAGCCACUGCACCUGCCCGAGCUGCAAUUCGCCUUGUUCAUGUGGUACAAGGUUUGCAACGCAAUGCAGGACAAGCCACUGGCCGAGAUGUUCCGACCCGGUGGCUUCAACAUACUAGUCGAACUGCUUCGCUACCUGGUGGGAGCUGGCCGUCACACCCUGGCAGCAUUGACCGCUUGCACCUAUAUGAAAUUUAACCGCUUCAGUACAAAGCAGGAGGCCGACGCCUAUAUCGCCUCCUUAAAUAGCGCCCGCGACAGGCUCGAGGAGACGCUGGGAGAUGAUGGAGUGCUCAUUCUGCCCGCGGCAGUGAGCGCUGCCCCGUUCCAGAACCAGGACUUGUUGUUGGUAGGUGCGUCGAAUACGACAAGUCUCUUUAAUUGGUUCAAGGUACCUUCCACAGUGUGUCCCGUAAUGCGGUCUGCACAGAGAUUGCCCCUGUGCGUUCAGGUGGUGGCAAAGAGAGGAAACGACAGGUUGAAUCUGGCUGUCGCCAGGGAAAUCGAGAAGCACUUUGGUGGGUGGAAUGAUCCUUCAUCUAAAAUGCAAGGGUGAGUCUGUCAGUCUGGGUAAAUGACACAUUAUUGCAGCUGGUCCUUGUUGUGAGGGUUUCUUGACUUCACCCAAAUUUCAAGGAAGCUGUUCCAAUGUGUGUGUAACUACAAAGAAGAAAAGUGCAUGAGAGUGCUUGCAGGAAAAGUGUUUUUCUUAUAUUUUUUUUGCUGUGUCUGAAACUACUCCGUACAAAGCAUUUGUUAUUUUCAUAUAUGACGUUGCACAUGCGAAUUCAUAAAAUAUUUCGUAUUGUUAAAAUUAGAAACCAUUGCGAGGAAACAGACAUUUCUAGUGGAUUUUUACUAUGGAAAGUUGAAUAAAAAAAUGUGUUUCUUUAUUCGUAAUUACACGCAGGUGUUUCUUGUGUUAAAUGCGCCAUAACAGUGAUUACGCAGUCAAAUUUUUCUGCAACUCAACGACUGACAAACGCGUUGGCACGAAGUUUUCGAUGCAAUACUCCACUGUGCUGCGAAUAGCUGCCAGAAACUCUAGACAUCACAUUUAAAGACGUCGAAGUGACUGUCUCAGUCGUGAAUUACAGUGCGUCAUCAGCUCUAGUGUAGUAUUUAUUUGGAACAAAACUAGGAGGACGGUUAAGCUUCGGCUUUAAGAGUGUAACGCGACAGCAUUCAAAGAACACUGACUGCUUCUCAGGCUUUCCGGCAACUGCAGCUUAUGUAACCGUCAUGUUUACCUGGAAACGCUGGUGGCGAACGCUAUGCAAGAAGUCGAGCUUUCUUGGCUUUUUUCUUUCCUCUGCACGGUGGGCCCUGCUGUGAGCGCCAUCUGGAUGGUGUUGCAAGAGACCGAGCAAGGCACACCGCUCCCACUAAGGCGGACAUCAAACAGCAGCUAGAAAACGGAUUUGUGUUUGAGUUUCCGCAUGACAUAUCAAUGUUUUCUCAUCUAUUCAAAUUACAAUCUGACGCUAUCAUGUCUCUAG